GUCCUGGAAAGCUGAGCUAAAUGUUUACAGGAGACACAAGAUGUCUCCCUCCUUUAUGUCCUGUGUCCUCUCCACCUUUGUUCUUACCUCUCUCCUUCCUGCAGACUGUGACAGGGGCCAAAGAAAAAUUGUUCAUGUGCAUGAGGAUGAAGCUGGAGAUGUGAUUGUACAAACAGCUCCAGGUAUAGUGACAACACACCGAGGUGGUGCCAUAGUUCUCCCAUGUCGGUACCACUACGAGGACUCUGGAGAAGACUUUGGGCCAAUACGCAUUAAAUGGUCCAAGAUUAGUGAUCCUAUAACCUUCACAGAUGUCUUUGUGUCAUUGGGAAAAGAGAGAAAGAGUUUUGGCCCCUAUAAAAACCGUGUUUCUCUGCAGGAGGAUGAACCAGGAGAUGCCUCAUUGAUCAUUCAAAAUGUUACCCUUCAGGAUUAUGGCAGAUAUGAGUGUGAGGUGACCAAUGAGUUAGAAGAUGACACAGGAACUGUGAAACUAGACUUGAAAGGAGUGAUCUUUCCUUACCACCCCCGACUAGGCCGAUACAGCAUGAACUUCCAUCAAGCUGAGCAGGCCUGUAAAGAUCAAGAUGGAAUCUUGGCCUCCUAUGAUCAGCUUCAUGAGGCGUGGUUGGAGGGUCUAGACUGGUGUAAUGCAGGUUGGUUAGAAGAUGGUUCUGUGCAGUAUCCCAUCUCUAAACCCAGAGAAGAGUGUGGCAAAAAGGACAAUCCAACAGGAGUUAGAAACUAUGGUUACCGGCACAAGGAAGAUGAGCGUUAUGACGCAUUCUGCUUCACAUCUAAUCUAAAUGGUAAAGUCUACUUUCUGAAGACCUAUCGUAAGAUGAGUUUUCCAGAGGCAACCAAGGCCUGUGAGGACAAUGGAGACACCGUAGCUAAAGUAGGACAACUUUAUGCAGCUUGGAAACUACAGUUAAUGGACAGAUGUGAAGCCGGUUGGCUUGGGGAUGGGAGUGUCCGCUACCCUAUUGUAAACCCAAGGAUGAGGUGUGGGGGUCUUAAACCUGGUGUCAGGACCCUUGGGUUCCCUAGCAGGAAGUACAAACUUUUUGGUGUUUACUGCUUUAAGGAAGAUGCAAACAAAGAUCCACGUGAGAAAAUCACAGAAGGAAUCAAUCGGUGGAAAUCCAUCCAUGAGUAGACAAGAUGGCAGGGCAUGAAGAAUUUGACAGUAUCUUACAUAGAUAUUAGGACAUAUAUAAUUUUAUAUCAUUCUA